AUGCAGAAAAUCUACAGCACUCUUCUCGAGAAACGAAACUCUUCCAUCGCAGAUGGAGAGCUCUCUGAUCUCGGGAUCGAUCUACACCCUUUUGACAUCAGCACCGGUGCAACCUCACCAUCCGUGACAAGCUACUUCCUUCCGCGAACCGAUUUUCCCGAUGUGGUAGACAGCCCAGAUCUUGUCAAUACUGAAGUUUUCAGAGCUGUUCCUCGUCUGAACGACCAGGACACGGUCCCCCGCCGCUGGACGGGUUGCGGCUGGGUACUAUGA